GUGUUACGUCACUUUUGGCCUUCCAUAGUUGAGCCGUUGUGAGGCAAUAUAGAUGUUCCCAAUAUUGCAUCUCCUUGAACAUAUUAUGAACUGGACAUUGUGUUGGUUUAUGUGCAAUGUAUCCAUUGAAAUAAUGAAAAUAAAUACCUGUUAAUUUGUCCCAAACUGAGUUGAUAACGAACAAGUAUAAGGAAAGUUGGAAAGAGACAGCAGUAGAACGAUAGAGUAAAAGGGUAUUUCUCUGUAUAGUCUUUGAAUACAAAGGCGUUUAGGAUGCCGCAGCGACACUGUGUGGUGAAACGGGUAACUGCACCCCUUCAACUCGGCGAGGUCACGGGCAUGGUAGCGGAGCACAGCGCCACCCUGUGAGUCUGGUUGGGAAAAUACCCGUCUGUGUGAUUCAAUGAUUAGAAAAUAAGAACACGCGAGUCUGACCCGCACAGGGGUUGACAGUCAGCGUCUGCCUUAUUAACCGUUGCUUUAUCUGACUGGGUGACACCGGCAGGACGUGUCCGGCUCAUGGGUCCGGCCGCUCGAGACGAACGGUCGCCGUGAGAAGCGCACAGCACUAACUCCCCCCUCAGCCGAAACCAUUCAUUGUGUCAGGUGGUGGGACCGCAUGGGGGACGUGGGACGCGCCGACAGACACGGUAACUAGCUGUUGCUGCUCCAACCGGUGGAGGCGGAGAGCUGCUUCGACACCAACGAGCGGUCCAGCCGGGAGACCGGAUGCUAACGCGCUGCUGCUGUCGCAGCUAGCAGGCAACUCGCUGGUCAACAAGCCAGCUAACUUUAGCCGUGUCCGUUUCUUGGUCGGGGCCUCCCGUUACCGACGCUGCGGGGGAUUCCAGGUAAUGUCGUUACCGUCUCACCGCCGUAACACCGGGACGCCGAGUCUGUAACUAGCUAACGGGCCAUGGACUUCCCGGGCCACUUCGAGCAGAUCUUUCAGCAGCUCAACUACCAGCGCGUCCACGGUCAACUGUGCGACUGCGUCAUCGUGGUGGGCAGCAGACACUUCAAGGCCCACCGCUCGGUGCUGGCCGCCUGCAGCACGCACUUCCGCGCCCUGUUCACGGUCGCAGAGGGAGAUUCGAGCAUGAACAUGAUCCAGCUGGACAGCGAGGUGGUGACCGCCGAGGCCUUCGCCGCCUUGGUGGACAUGAUGUACACCUCGACACUGAUGCUGGGGGAGAGCAACGUGAUGGAUAUCCUCCUCGCCGCCUCGCAUCUGCACCUCAACAAUGUAGUCAAGGCCUGCAAACACUACCUGACCACGCGCACCCUGCCCAUGUCCCCCUUGUCCGACAGACCCCCCACCCACCACCACCUCCACCCCCCGCAGCAGGACCAGCAGAGGCACAGGCAGCAGCAGCAGGUUGCCGAUUCAGCGGCGAACCCUACUCUUGCGGCCAGCGCUAACCUCACAGCGAACGCCGCCGCGUCCAAGCUGCAGCGCUCCUUCCUGCUGCAGCAGCUGGGGCUCAGCCUGGUGAGCUCGGCUCUGGGCGGGAUGGAGGAGGAUGGCGUCGGGAGCGUGGCCGGCGGUCGGGCGGUGGAACAGAGAGCCUCCUUCCCGAUCCGACGUCUCCAAAAACGCAAGCCCUCUCUCUCCCUGGGCCUGUCGGACGAGAGGCCCCGGCAGAGGCAGCGCCCCUCCGGCCCGGGCCUGGGGCUGCUAGGAGACGAUGGGGCCAAUGCGGAGCGGGAGGAGGGAGCGCUGCUCUCCCCAGACUCCCGCAAAAUGGGCGAUGAAUCCAAACAGGACGGCGCCAUCACCGGCCUGCUAGGGCCGCCCCAGGAUGACCCUCAGAUGCCCAGCCAGUCGGACAGCGGACACUGCGUGGGGGGGGACUCGGGGAGGAUGCUGAGCGGCGUGAGGAAGGAGGAGGACAUGGAGGAGCAGGACAUCCAGCUCAACAGAGCCGGGGUGAAGAUCAAAUCAGGGGCAGAGGAGGCAGAAGAACAGGAACAGAGGGUGGUGGUUAAACGAGAGCCGCUGAGCUCGCCGGAACCAGCGGACGAAAUCGGCGACGUGACAUCGCAAGCCGGGCCCGGCGGCCAGGAGGAGAAGGCGGAGCUGAGCCCGGAGAGCAGCGACCGCAGCUUCACCUCGGAGCCCCAGCCGAGCUCCGACUCCCCGCUGCCGCCCGGCUCCCAGCUGCUCCUCAAGGGCAGCAUUGCUGGAGGCGCCGGAGUCGGGGGAGGCUACGGGUGUAAUAGCGGGCUGGGUGGCAAACCCGGUUUCAGCAUCUCCAGCUUCCUCGGCCCCAAGGAUUUCGGGAGUGGCGGGGCAGGGUUGGACGCUGGAGAAGACGACCUCCCCAACACGACGACUGGCGACGCCUUGGCACACCACUUCCUGCUCAGGCAGGAAGCUGGAAGGCCGUCCGGCUCGGCUUCAUCCUCCCUUCUGCAGUCGGGUUCGCUCGGCGGUGAGAGUUGCAACGGUUUCGGAGACAACCUUCAAGCCGAGUCUUUGUUCCUCCGCCCCCUGCACGACGGUUUGGGGAACCCCAGAGGAGGUGGCGGAAUCGGCAACGGGGGGCGUGGAGGGGGAGAUCCCUUCGGUUUGGACUUCCAGCGCUCCAGUCUGGGCCUCCACUCCCUGGGGCGAGCAGGGGCAGCGACUGCCGCCGCCCUGGGAUACCCAGGUUACAGGCGCAUAGCUCCGAAAAUGAACGCCGGCGCGGGAGGAGACGAAGGAGUGGUCGGGGUCCUCCAGGACGCCGCCUCGUCCUCCUCGAGCCUGGCAAGUCCCCUGCUGCUGAACGAGAGCGGCGGCUACGACAUGACCGGCGGCAGAACCACCUCUCUCCUCCCGCAGCUGACCCGCGCCUCGGCGGACGUCCUGUCCAAGUGCAAGAAGGCGCUGUCGGAGCACAACGUCCUGGUGGUCGAGGGCGCUCGCAAGUACGCAUGCAAAAUCUGCUGCAAGACCUUCCUCACGCUGACCGACUGCAAGAAACACAUCCGCGUGCACACGGGGGAGAAACCCUACGCCUGUCUCAAGUGUGGCAAGCGCUUCAGCCAGUCCUCCCACUUGUACAAGCACUGCAAGACCACCUGCCUGCGCUGGCAGAACAGCAACAUGUCCAACGCCCUGCUGUAGGACCAGUGAUGGGCUGGAGUAGAAGUAGAAGUAGAAGUCCCGUCCCGUCCCGUCUCCCCCCCCCCCCCCUCCCAUCCACCACAAAACAAAACAUCAAACAAAGUGUUCUGAAGCUUCGGCAGAGUGAUCAGCUGUUCCGUCCAGACGACAGACCAAAGACGAUAAUGUAAUUUUUCCCCCUGAGAAACCCACACUGCCGAAGGUGGCGUAAGUAAUUGUGAACCCGUUUUAAUCGUAGUAGGACUACAGAUGCAACGGUGCCACAUGUGUCGCUCUGGAUUCAUGGUAGAAAAACCACAGCUAUACAGUGUAUCCGACCGCCUCGGGCCGGUCAUGAGGUUUUUGUUUUGGCGCUGCCUCACGGUUUGCUGUGUUGUCUUUAUUAAAGGUGCCAUGUUCGUAAAAUGUAGACCUGUAGAGGUGAUCCCUUUUAAUGCUGAGUGUCUACAGUUUGUGUAAUUAACUAACACUGUGUGUGUGUGUGUGUGUGUGUGUGUGUGUGUGUGUGUGUGUGUGUGUGU